GUUUUAAAUUCAACUGAAAGUGGCAUUAGUGGGUAUAAUGUCAAAUCCACCACGGCCUUUUGGAAGGAAGGUAUAAAGAAGAGAAAAGGGGCAGAACUGGUCAACAGGGAUGUCUCCGUGGUCACUAGGCAGUGCCUUACAAGUAAGCUAGGAUGGGUAUAUAUCCAAAUAGCGCAGAUUUUCUGCCCAGCGCUAGUGACCUUUGAAAAAGCCUUCGUCUCGUACAUGACGCUAGGAGCGCAGCUGUUACACUUGGAUUCCAAAGCCAAGAAUUUCCAUCCCAUAACCAUCAUUGACGGCAGCGCCCCUAACGAUCAUGUACUUAUUAAACCUUCUUUAUCGAAAUUAAUUAGUGGAGCUCGAAAGAUCGUUGAAAAUGGCCCAACCCAUUUGUCGUUGAAUUCGAGUCUUACCGAGAAAAGUGCAUCGGCAUUGAUCGCACAAAGGCAUGAGAAA